GCCGCCGCCCCCUGCGGGACUAGCCGCGGCCGAGCGGCUCCGGGUGUCUCAGCUGCCCUGCCCGUUGGGGGAGAGCGUCGGUUCUGAAAGCGGGAGGCAAGCCUCGCCGUUAUGAACCUGCACCAGGUGCUGACGGGGGCUGUCAACCCCGGGGACAACUGCUUCUCCGUGGGGAAUGUCGGCGGGCAUCCCUUCACGGCAUACGCAUCAGGAUGUGAUAUUGUGAUAUUGGGGACUGAUUUUGAAAGAUUACAAAUAAUUCCUGGAGCAAAACAUGGAAAUAUACAAGUGGGAUGUGUAGAUUGCUCUAUGCAACAAGGGAAGAUUGCAGCUUCUUAUGGGAAUGUGAUUUGUAUAUUUGAGCCAGUUCAACACCUAAAACAGAAGAGUAGUCAUCAUACUGGAUUACAUUAUCAGUGGCAGAAGUCAGACCAAAUUUUACUGGAAGAUGCGGUUCAUAACUUAACAUGGGAUCCGACAGGCUCCCGUCUAUUGACGGCUUGCAGUUGUUUGCAGCUUUGGUCCAAUGUCAAUUAUGAAAACCCAUCAGAAGAUGAAAAUCCUGAAAAAACAGAAGCUCGGAAUUGGAGAAUCAUUUGGCAGUGCAAAACUGCUUCUGAAAUUCAGCUAAUGAAGUUUUCACCAGAUGGGGAAUUUUUUGCUACUGCAGGAAAGGAUGAUUGUCUUGUAAAGGUGUGGUAUAACACUGAUAGCUGGAAAUCAGCAGUCACACCUCCAGUUACAGCACCAGAAGCAAUCACACAGGAAGUAGGCUUCUCAUUUAUUUACUUGGUUCAUCCUCGGUCUGUUAAUGGGUUCUCCUGGCGAAAGACAAGUAACUACAUGCCACGUGGUGCCGUAUGUAAUGUGCUGUUGACGUGCUGCAAAGAUAAUAUAUGCCGUCUCUGGGCAGAGACUUUGUUGCCAAAUGACAGUCUGUUAUAUGGAGGUGGAUACAACCAUUUGCCUGAACCUGUGAAGUCAACUAAUAAUUUUAAGAGGAAUGCUUCUAGUAAAGAGAGCAUGAAAAAUGCUUUAGAGUUAAAUCUAAAGCCCUUUCGACGAGGAAGGAGGAGAUCAAUAGCACUUGCACAUACUGGAUACUUGCCACAUCAGCAAGACGCUCACGAAGUUCAUCGAAACACUCCACUGCAAUCAAAUGCACUUUGCCACUUCCACAUUGCUGCCAGCAUCAACCCAGCUACAGACAUUCCUUUGCUCCCUUCCAUCAUGUCUCUGAGUCUUAAUGAAAAUGAAGAAAAGAGUGGGCCUUUUGUUGUACACUGGCUGAAUAAUAAAGAAUUGCAUUUUACCCUAUCAAUGGAAGUCUUUCUACAGCAACUAAAAAAGAGUUUUGAGCAUAUUUCUUCAGAGGUCAGCACUGAAGAGUCUAAUCAGACAGAGAUAAAAUCUGAUGAAGAAACCGAUGGCAAUAGAGAAGAUCAAAAAGGAAAUCAAGAACUUGUUGGUGAAAAACCAGCUACAAAUUCAAGCUAUAUCCCCUUGUCUUCUUCUGUUGUUGAUCAUGAGAUUGAAGUACAGCUGUCUGAAUGGAAUAAAAAUGCAGACAUGUUAUUUAGUAUUCAUCCUAUGGAUGGGUCACUGUUAGUAUGGCAUGUAGAUUGGCUAGAUGAGUACCAGCCAGGCAUGUUUCGCCAAGUACAGGUAUCGUUUGUUUCGAGGAUUCCUGUGGCCUUCCCUACUGGUGAUGCAAAUUCGCUCUGCAAAAGUGUAGUGAUGUACGCCUGUACAAAGAAUGUGGAUCUUGCUCUUCAACAAGGCAAACAGAAACCAUCUAGCCUUGGGCGUUCCUGCUCGAUGUUAAUCUCUUCAGGCCAUAGUAAAUCAACCAACAGCUUAAAAUUAAGCAUCUUCACCCCAAAUGUGAUGAUGAUUUCCAAACAUGCAGAUGGGUCUCUAAACCAAUGGCUGGUCAGCUUUGCAGAGGAAUCUGCCUUUUCAGUUGUACUCAGUAUUUCCCACAAAUCAAGAUAUUGUGGUCAUCGCUUCCAUCUUAAUGACUUGGCUUGUCAUUCAGUACUUCCAUUGCUACUUACCACCUCUCAUCAUAAUGCAAUAAGGACACCGGCUGUUGACAGCAUAAAAGAGUCGUGUGACCUCUCGCCAUCGAGACUUCAUGAUGCAGGCACAGCAAGCACAUCACAGGAUCUCACUGCUGUUUACAGUGAACUUAUCCUUUGGAGAGUUGAUCCAGUUGGGCCGUUAUCUUUUUCUGGUGGAGUUUCUGAGCUUGCAAGAAUUAAUUCUCUUCAUGUCUCUGCCUUUUCAAAUGUGGCAUGGCUGCCUACCCUUAUACCUAGUUAUUGCCUAGGUGCAUACUGUAAUUCACCAAGUGCUUGCUUUGUUGCAAGUGAUGGACAACAUUUGAGACUGUAUCAAGCUAUAAUAGAUGCCAAAAAACUUCUCUGUGAACUAUCAAAUCCAGGAAUUUCUAAAUACGUUGGUGAAGUUUUUAACAUCAUAAGUCAACAAUCCACAGCUAGACCAGGAUGCAUUGUAGAGUUGAAUUCCAUUACAGAGCUGCGUGGUGGGAAAAUGCAGCUACUUCACGUUUUUCAAGAAGAUUUCAUUUUGAAUAAUCAUGAAAAUAGACUGUCUGAGAAAAACACCAUGCUACCUGACUCUGGAUAUCAGAAAAAUGGGUUUUCUGAAAAGUUCUAUUUAAUAGUAAUUGAACAUACUCAGAACUGUUCAAUGUUACAUAUGUGGAAAUUACAUUUGAAGUCCAUACCAGUGUCAGUAGAUGAAAAAAUAGACUCCAAGGCAUGUGAAACAGAAUCUCAAGAAGAGCUUUACUCUUCUCAAGAUCAAGAGAAGCUCCAGUCUUCCUUUACCCAGAAAUAUCAAGCCUGCAAAGAGAACCUUCAGAGUACCAGCCAACUUACUCUUUCUUCUGAAAUUGUCUAUAGUCAAGAAUUGAAUUUACCAGAAGGAGUAGAGAUCAUAAGCAUCAAACCAUCAGCAGGUCACCUGAGUUCUUCUUCCAUUUAUCCUGUAUGUCGUGCACCUUAUCUUCUGGCAACUUUAUGCUCAGAUGGUAAGGUUAGGUUUUGGAGGUGCAGAUUAGCAGUGGAAUCAGGUGUGACUUCUGUAGCAGAGAGUAUUACGAACAGUGGUAUGUAUAUAUGGGAAGAAUGGCCAUUACUAAUAGAAGAUGGACUUCUUAGCAGUAGUGCUCUUUUUGUGCCAGGCCAUGCUCUGGAAAUCAGCUGUGCACAUACAAAUCGCUUAGCUGUGGCAUAUAAGCGAACACCAACUGUAAACAGUCGUUCAUCUCAAGACUUUUUGGUGACGGUUGGAAUUUUUGAAUGCGAAUCUACAGGAGGCUCUUGUUGGAUCUUGGAACAAACGCUUCACUUAGAUGAGCUAAACCCAACAUUGGACUCUCUGGGUGUUGACAGCAGUUCAGUGAUAGAUGGAAAUGAGAAUUUAAUACCCAGAACAAAUCAUAUGGUUCACUUAGACUGGAUGUCUAGAGAAGACGGCUCGCAUAUCCUAACAGUAGGCAUUGGGGCAAAGCUGUAUAUGUUUGGUCAGCUGUCUGGGAAGAUGCAAGAACAAAGUGGUAAGGAAAUGCUCGUACUGCCUGUGUGGGAAAAUGCUAAAACGUCAUGCUCUUCUAGAUUUAUAUUGCUAAGAUGUGUGGAUUUAGUUUCAUCAGUAGAAGGUUCACCACCUUUACCUGUUUCUUUAUCUUGGGUUCGUGAUGGCAUCCUCGUAGUUGGGAUGGAUUGUGAAAUGCAUGUUUAUUCUCAGUGGCAGCCUCCUACAAAGCAAGAACCAGUUACUCUAGACUCUUACAGUGGGAGUACACCAUCCAUAAUAAGCUUAAUGAAACAAAGUCAGUCAUCUGGUGGUCACCCACCCAAGAGGACAUUGACUAGAUCCAUGACAAGUCUCGCUCAGAAACUUAGUGGGAAACGAACUGUAUAUGAUCUGUCCCUGGAGAUGGAAGAUUCUGGCCUCUUUGAAGCAGCACAUACAUUAUGUCCUACUUUACCUCAGUACCAUCCUCUGCAGCUUUUGGAACUCAUGGAUCUAGGGAAAGUGCGUAGAGCAAAAGCCAUCCUCUCUCAUCUUGUGAAAUGCAUUGCUGGAGAAGUUAUUGCCAUCGACGAUCCUGAGCCUGAAAAGCGGUACCGUUCUCUCUCAAUCUGUGCCAGUGGGAGCAGUACGCGGGACCCCAUGACAUUUAGCAAAUGUGCUAUUACAGACUAUACAGAAAUAGACUCUGUUCCACCACUACCUUUAUAUGCAUUGCUUGCCGCAGAUGAGGAAUGCUCAUAUACAUCCUGUACAGAGAAGGCUAAUAACCAAAGAACCAUAAAGAAGCAAGAGGUGGCAGAUGAAAACUAUGACGAUCUCUUUCAGAAUUCCAGUCUACAUACGGAUGAUCUCACUAUGUUUGAAGUAGAUGAAGAAGAUAAAAAGCCCAAGGUUAUUGAUCUUUCUCAGUACAGUCCAACUUACUUUGGACCGGAGCAUGCUCAGGUUCUUUCGCGGCACUUGCUUCACUCUAGCUUACCCGGUCUCACCAGGAUGGAGCAGAUGUCUUUGAUGGCCUUGGUCGAUACAAUUGCCAUUACCAGUACUGAUAUAGGAGAAAGCAGAGACAAAAGCAAGGGAGGAGAAACACUUGAUGAAUGUGGUUUAAAGUUUCUUUUGGCUGUACGUCUUCACUCUUUUAUGACAACUUCACUGCCACCUGCUCACAGAGCCCAGCUCCUUCACCAAGGCUUAUCUUCUAGUCAUUUUGCCUGGGCCUUUCAUUCAGUAGCAGGAGAAGAACUGCUAAACAUGCUUCCUGCAAUGCAAAAAGGUGAUCCAACAUGGUCAGAGCUCAGAGCUAUGGGUGUAGGAUGGUGGGUUCGAAAUACCCAUAGCUUACGCAGAUGCAUUGAGAAGGUCGCUAAAGCAGCCUUUCAAAGAAACAAUGACCCUUUAGAUGCAGCCAUUUUUUACCUUGCAAUGAAAAAGAAGGCUGUGAUUUGGGGAUUAUACAGAUCUCUAAACGACACUAAGAUGACGCAGUUCUUUGGACACAAUUUUACUGAAGACAGAUGGCGUAAAGCUGCAUUGAAGAAUGCUUUUUCACUGCUAGGCAAGCAACGCUUUGAACAUUCUGCAGCGUUUUUCUUGUUGGCUGGUCACCUAAAAGAUGCCGUUGAGGUCUGCCUAGAGAAACUAAAUGAUAUUCAAUUGGCUCUUAUAAUAGCAAGACUUUAUGAGCCAGAGUUUGAAGUAUCUGGGACUUACAAAUCAAUUCUACAGAAGAGAAUUCUGGGAAGCAGACAUCAUGCUAAAGAGAGUCCAUCAAGCACACAUGCUGAUCCUUUCCUUCGGAGUAUGGCUUAUUGGAUUUUGGAGGAUUAUAGCCAUGCUCUUGAUACUCUUAUAAGCCAACCCAUUUUGGACGAGGAAGAUGAAGGCAAUGUGUCAAGAUGUAACCCUUCAGUGUUCAAUUUUUACAAUUACCUAAGGACACAUCCUCUCUUGUUGAGACGCCAUUUUGGGUCUUCUGAUUUAUCUUCCACGAGGAUUUGUGUAACAGGAGAAAAUGGACUGGCAGAUGAAAUCAAUUUAGGGGAAAGAAGAUUAUUUUUUACAACUGCGUAUGCUCACUUAAAAGCUGGCUGUCCCAUGCUGGCUUUGGAAGUGUUAUCAAAGAUGCCCAAAGUGGUAAAAAGGUCAAAGCCUUUAGGAAGAACACCUAGCUUAAUGGACACUAGUAAAGGCUGCUCACCCUCUUCUCCAGUACCGCUGGAAUCAAAAGAUAACAAACCUCUCAGCAUUGACUGGUCACAACCUAUCGUCAAUGGUCUGGAAUCAUCUUCAGAUGGGUCAUCAGGUAAACAUUCAAAUUCUGCUCUUUCGCUCGACUGGAGUCAACCAAGCACAGUUUUCCAGGAUGAGCCUUUUGAGCUAAAGUGGGACAGUGACAAAGAUGACGAAAGUGAAGAUUCUUGUAUUGUAAUGAAACCUUUGACGAAGGAAGUGAGUGAGAAACCAAAUGAAGUUAGUUCUAGCUAUACAGAAACCUACAGUUCAGGUGCAGAAAAUGAGGUUUUCGCUUCAUCAGAAGACAUCAUUUCUGCGCAGCUGAAAUUUAGGGCAUGUUUGAAGAUCCUUACAGUGGAGCUUCGUACAUUAUCUACUGGCUAUGAAGUAGAUGGUGGAAAAUUAAGAUACCAGCUGUAUCACUGGCUUGAAAGAGAAGUGGUAGCUCUUCAGAAAACCUGUGACUAUAGUGUUGAAGCAGAAGAUGUUCAGCCAGGAAUUAGCCCAGUAAUGGAUGAAGCUUCAUCAAAUGAAAUGACCGAAGAACUAUCAGACACACAGCAAAAUGCGCAGCAGAGAGAAUACCUUCAGAGAAGACAGUGGCUUGUAAAAUAUCAAUCACUUUUGCGAAUGUUUCUAAGUUACUGUAUCCUUCAUGGAUCUCAUGGUGGAGGCUUGGCAUCUGUACGUAUGGAACUGAUUUUACUGCUUCAAGAAUCUCAGCAGGAACUGUUGCUUCAUUUGCCUACUAAUACCGUAUCUGAGCAGAGUUCAAUACCGCUUCUGUUUGCCUGUACUGCAAGUGCCAAAACCGUGGUGGCCAACCCUUUGCUGCAUCUUAGUAACCUGACUCAUGACAUACUACAUGCUAUAGUAAACCUUCAUGCGCCUCCCAAUCCAGAUGUACAAAAUAAUAAGAUCCAUGUAAUGCAUACAUUAGCUGCAUCUCUGUCAGCUUGCAUAUACCAGUCUCUCUGUGGUGGUCACAGCUACAGCUCUUUACAAGCAAACCAAUUCACUGGAACAGUUUACCAAACACUGCUGCUUUCUCACCGGCAUUCCUUAAGGACGGCAAGCUUAGAUGAAACAGUAACUCCCAAUACGGCACCAUCUCAGUGGCCAGGUAUAAUGGCUUUAAUACAGUUAUUAAAUCAUACCGGAGAAGAAGCACAAUCUGGGAUCACAGUUUUGCUCUGUGAAAUUUUGACAGCAGUCUACCUUAGCCUCUUCAUCCACGGUCUAGCCACCCAUUCCAGCAAUGAGCUGUACAGAAUUGUGGCCCACCCUCUUAAUGACAAAAUGUGGUUUGCUGUCUUUGGUGGAGGAGCAAAGAUUCCAAAGAAAGGGCAGGUUCAACAAACAUCAAAGAUGGGUAGGCACUUCUCUAUGCCUAGCCCACACCAGGUAGUAGUAUUCUCCAUGGAAUGUGUGGGGUUUACCAAAUCUCUAACAGCCGUCAGUACUCAUAGUCCUACCAAACCUGCAGCCUCUUCUCCUCUGGAUGAUGGUGAGAAGCAACAGAAGUUUUUUAGAAUGUCAUCAAAAUCCUCUCUAAAAGAGAAUUCACAGACUACUUUACCCUCAAUAGAACAGGAUGCCCCGAAUUACAAAGAGAAAUUUAUUCCUCCUGAACUUAGUAUCUGGGACUACUUCAUAGCAAAGCCAUUUCUUCCAUCAUCGCAAACUAGAAUUGAAUAUGACUCAGAGGAGAGUCAGGAAAGCAGCGAUGAUGAAGGUGAUGAUGAAUUCUCACCAGACUUAAAGAGUCAGGAACAUUCAAAUUCAAAUUCAUAUAGUUGGUCUCUGAUGCGGUUGGCUAUGGUUCAGCUUGUCCUCCAGAAUUUGAAGACUUUCUACCCUAUGGCUGGGCAUGAUCUUUCAGAGCUUCCCGUUAGCUCCCCACUGUGUCAUGCAGUACUAAAGAUACUUCAACGCUGGGAGCAAGUUCUUCUUAGGCGACUUGAGAUGCAUGGCGGCCCACCAGAAAACUUCAUUUCUGUUCAUACUUCUCAAGAUGCAUCCUCUUCAGGCCCUGCACUACUUCGCCACAAAGCCUUGCUAGAGCCAACAAACAGCCCCUUUAAGUCUAAAAGUAAUAAUGCACUAUCUGUGAAGAGACUUUGGCAAUACCUCGUUAAACAAGAAAUGGUCCAGGAAACCUUCAUCAGAAACAUAUUUUCAAAGAAAAGGUGCUUGAAUGAGUCAUUAGAAGACCAAAAUGACCAUAUCAAAAGUACUUCAGUGGAAGAGCCUGGAAUCAAUAAGAUAGAGACUGAUAUGGGCUACCCUGGAAAUAAAGCUAGAAUUAUCCAUAAAGAGUCUGACAUUAUCACUGCUUUUGCUGUCAACAAGGCCAACAGGAAUUGUAUUGCAAUAGCCUCAAGUCAUGAUGUUCAAGAACUAGAUGUUUCUGGAAUUCUUGCUACACAGAUCUACACUUGGGUUGAUGAUGCUGUAGAAGUGGAAGCUAAAGGAGCUGAUGAUUUCUUGGUUAUCCACGCUCGUGAUGACUUGGGAAACAUUCAGGGAACUACUCCUUAUACUCACAGCAAUCCUGGCACUCCAAUCAACAUGCCUUGGCUUGGUAGUACCCAGACUGGCAGAGGUGCUGCUGUGAUGAUCAAGAAGGCUAUCAAUAAUGUUCGAAGAAUGGCUUCCCACCCAACACUACCUUACUAUUUGACAGGUGCCCAGGAUGGCAGUGUGAGAAUUGAGUGGGGCCAUUCUCAACAAAUUACAUGUUUCCGGUCUGGUGGCAACUCCAGGAUUACACGGAUGAGAUUCAAUUAUCAAGGCAAUAAGUUUGGGAUCGUUGAUGGUGAUGGGUUUAUAAGUCUGUAUCAAACAAACUGGAAAACGUCUCUACUUAAUGGAAGCACACCCAAACCAUAUUUGACAUGGCAGUGCCAUAACAAAACAGCCAGUGACUUCGUUUUCAUCAGCUCUUCAUCUUUGAUAGCCACAGCUGGGCAGUCUACUGACAACAGAAAUAUUUGUCUGUGGGAUACUCUGGUUGCACAUUCUAGUAGCUUAGUGCAUGCCUUUACUUGUCAUGAUACUGGAGCAACUGUCUUAGCAUAUGCCCCCAAACACCAGCUAUUAAUAUCAGGUGGCAGAAAAGGCUAUACCUGUCUAAUAGAUCUUCGGCAGAAGCAACAACGACAAUUUUUCCAGAGUCAUGAUUCUCCAAUUAAAGCAAUUGCUGUGGAUCCUACAGAAGAAUAUUUUGUCACAGGAUCUGCUGAAGGAAACAUAAAGGUAUGGAGCCUAUCUAACUUUGGUCUUCUUCACACUUUCAUCAAUGAACAUUCUCGACAGUCUAUUUUCAGAAAUCUUGGGACAGGUGUCAUGCAGAUUGAGACAGGACCAGCAAAUCACAUAUUUUCAUGUGGAGCUGAUGGGACAGUGAAGAUGAGAAUCUUGCCAGAUCGAUUUAGCUCACUCAGUGAAGUAUUGAAAAGUGAUGUGAAAUUCAUGCUCUAGUAUGGUGUUAAUACUGAAAAAUAUUUUAUAAGUGGGUAACAAUUGUAUGUAAAGUAUGUUGACGAUUGUACAGAUAACACCACAAUGACAUUUUUCGAUGUUUAUAUUUAUUUCUUGGAGCUUCAGUCCUCGAUGCACUGAUGCCUUAAAGAUUUAAUAAGUUGCUUCUGGUUUUGCCUAAACCAUAUUAGAUCAUUCAGUAAAUGUUUAAAAUAUGUAUGUUGCUGAGGUUUUUUAUGUAUGUUGCUGUGUUUUUAAUUUGUAGGUGAACGUGGUCUUUUUUCAUUUAUUCUUCUCUAAAGACCCAUACCAUAAGGAAGCCUUAUGAUGUUAGCCUGAUAAAUACAACUAUCUGUUGCCAAAUUCCUCCUCCUAGCUAGCUAUGAGUAUGGGUUGUACUUGUCUAAAAUAAGCACCUCUUGAGAGUUGAGCUACCGCUGCUACCUAAUCCCUGGAAUCCAAGUUGAUCAUUGUUGCAAUUUGAACUCUGUAUACAGAGUAAGAAUUGGAUAGACUUUGUGUUAGAACUUUCCAUGCUUGAACGGCUGCUAUCAGGAUGGCAGUCUUUUCCUUAAACCAAGAGACAUACAGAAUAUAUUUUUAUCGAAGCCCUGUUUAAAAAUAUGCAAAUAUGUGAUUACUCUCUCAUAAAACUGUUUAAGAAUUAUAUUUAAAAAAAUUAAUACAUGAACCUUUAGUGUUGAUGAAAUGAACCAUAGGAAUGUGCUGCAUAGGAUACUGGAUGCGAAUUGUUCUUUUGUAAAACGCUGAGUGUUUCAGGAAAUAGACAAAUAAUGCUAUUUACUCUUUCUGGUGAAUUUGUUUUCAUUUAGCCCAAAGAUGCUGUUUUCUCCCCAGCACUUAGAUCAUAGUGUUUACAUUGUAACUGCCUUUCUGAAGCAAAUUUAGAAAAUACUGCAAAAGAAAAUGACUAAUGCGGGGUAUGAAAUAUACUAUAGAUUUAUAAUGGGGGAAAUCAAUGUAUAUUGAAGUAAGAUUUUCACUUUUCUUUUGCCAAAAUGUAAAAAGUGUACACACUAACUGUUUUGACCAAAAUAUAGAAAUGCACAAAGCCUUCAACGUUUUCUAUGUGCUAAAACAACUAUUCUGGGUUACUCUUUCAUUUUAGAAGUGUAGAAAAGAAAAGUAUGUAAACUAGAUAAGAGAUGUCACUCAAAUGCAAAUAAUAUUUUUGCUAUAAUAUUGGGGGUGGGAACAGUGUCAAUACAAUGCUAAUUGUAAAAAAAAUGGGAAUGGAUGCUGUAAAUAAAACAAAAAUGAAGGGCUUGUAUAAUGAAUUUUGUAAUAUUCUCAGGACACAUACUUUUAACAUUUUAAUUUUAAUAUUUUGUAACAUUUUAUAUGAUUUUAAAUGUCAUUUUUUGCAGAUUUCUGUGCAAGGAGCAGAGGGGUGGUUUCUAAGCACUUAGCCUACAUUUAAAUUUGUGCAAUAACAUAUAUGCUACUAUUGUAGAGAAGAAAUGCACAGCGGCAUUUCAAAGAACUAGCACAGUUGUUUGAUACAUUGAAUUUUAAUAAUUUUUCCUCUGAAAUUCCUGUGAAUCAAUUGAUGUUUUAAGACACAAUGAUCAGGCCAUGGGGUGACUUGGUGACAAUAGCUCUAUCAUGUGCCAUGAAGCAGUCAAAUGACUGGAAGGCAUGCCUUUCAAUACCCUGCUUAUGAAGGAAGGAGCACCAGCAAAUAAGUGCUUGGAGUGGCCUGAAGAGUGACCUAUGUCCCUUGUGGGGCUUCUAUAAAGUCAUCAACGAGGAUGAUACAUGCUAGGGUUCUGGAAAGUUAUGCUUAUGUUGGACAGAAUACCUGCGCAACUAUUUUGGAGCAGAUCAUGAGUUUGAGUGCUGUGACGAUUAUAUUUCAUGUAUGUAUUAAAGCAUUUCCUCUUUAAA